AUGAAUAUUCCAGAUCCCGGUAUUGGGGGCAGCGAUAACCACAGCAUGGCAGGAUCCUCUCUCCAAAGCUCUGUAUGGACCACACGCCAAUUUUUCCGCAGGGUAUCAUCGGUGCUGGCCCUCGAUGACACCAGAGAAAAACCGUUUCCAGGGCUCCCACGAUCCACUACUUUGACAACGAGCUCCGACGCCAACGGGGAUGGUGGUAGAAGUGUGGAUGGUGCCGUGAGAGCGGGCGGCGGCCGGAUGAUGCCACCACCCACAACCACAAAACUCAACCCGCUCACUAAGGAACAGCAGUGCUACUUUGUCCGACUCUUCUGGAGCGCCCUGGGUCAGUUGUUUCCUGUCCUGACCGAGUCGGAGUUCCAACGCCUGUAUGAUUCUGACUGGCAGAGCUACAUCGAACGGUGCACAGUGAAUGGCGCGCUAGUCGACUGCAUCACGGCGGUGGGCCUCCAGUACGGGCUUAUCGCUGGCCGCGGAACACACAUCCUGGGCCUGGGGGCAUCCGGACAUAAUUAUCUCGCGCCGGCAGCCAAUGCAGUGCGCCGCUAUAGUCUAGAAUACUUCAUCCGCUGCCGCAACCACGUCCAUGAGGAGAGCUCGCGUGUGACGGUCGAAACCAUUCGCUGUUAUGUCAUGAUGGUACUGUAUUUGCUGCAGACAAACCAGGUAGAGAGCGCCUACUAUAUGAUCGCCAUUGGGGUCCGCUGCGCCUACGUCAGCCAACUGCAUGCGGAACCACCUGUCCAUCUCAACCCUGACGAAGCCAUCGGCCGCAGCCGCCUCUGGUGGCUCCUGUGCUGGCUCGAUCUGUACUGUUCGAUGCAGCUCGACCUGCCCACCUCGGUCCAGCACUCGUAUAUCACCUGCCCACUGCCGGUUGAGCCGGGCGCUUCAACAAAGGUCGCCAACCCAUCCGGCUACAUCUUUCACAUUGCUAAACUGGUCGCGGUGGUUUCGGAGCCGUUCGACGUCAUUUUGACUGCAAAUCUCCUCGGCAGCCGAGCCCAACUAUCAUCUACCAGUGCCUUCCAUGAGUGCGCCGAGAAAUUGUCACCCUUGAUGAGGCAAUUGGAGGAUUGGCUCGGCACCCUUCCCACCCAUCUGCAUUUUGCGGUGCGGACCCCGGUAGGCAGCAGCAACAGCCGCAAACCCACCACCUCCGUCUGUCCCAUCCGUCCCUUCAUUCCCCUGAGCAUGCCAGAUUGGAUGCAGCGACAACGCAUCAUGCUCGAGCUGCACUACUAUAACGCGUGCAUCCUCCUGCAGCGGCCGUUCCUGUUCUGCGGCGAGCCGGGCCCCAGCCCCGUGGCGGGGCUAAUCGAUGCCGCGGUGCAGUGCGCCACAGACCUGAUCGUCACGGUGCACGCGUACCACUUGGAGUCGGACAUAUUCAGCGGGCUGCCCGAGUUGGUGCAAUUUCAGUGGAACGCCAUAGUCACGUUAGCCGUCUUACUCUACAUCAAUCCGAUGGGGCCUCGCACGGGGUCGGCGUUGCAGUCACUCGCGCUCGCCCAGGCCACGUUCGAGAGUUGGGCACAUGCGAACAUCCCUGGGGCCGCGGUCGCCCACCGGAUCGCCAGUGCAAUCACGUCACGCCUCGAGGACUUUAUCGCCGGCUUGAGUCUGGGGCUCGGCGGCGUGCUGUGGGAGAUGGAUGUCAACCAGCUGUUUUCACCUAUGGAAGAUGAAAGCCCGGAGAAGAAAAUGGCAGCGGAAUAUGCAGGAGGUUUUUGCGCGGGCUUCUCGGAUGCCAGCAUGAAUCCUACGCUGAAUGUCAUGGCAGCCAUUCCGUUGAAGGACCUUUCGAUGGAGGCCGAUCUAGCAUUAACGGGGUUUGAUGGUGAAGAACCCUUUGACCGGGUUUAG